GGACCGUGGCAAAAUAAUGAUUUUACGGAUUGCUUUCGAGAAGUUGUGGUCGACGCUGGAGUCUUAUCACUAUAUUCAACUGCUUCACUGUGUAUUUUCAUAACUGCUUAUCUUAAAUUGAGGCGACAUAAAGGACCAGAAUAUGAACGUUUAUAUAAUAGUCAAUUUAAUUCAAAUUACGGCUCUAUUGAACGAUCCGAAUUGAUCAAUGACAACGAAAUAGAUUCGGAUGUUUCUGAUGAUAAUUCAGAUUAUUCAGAUGAAACUCUUGUUGGCAAUCAGACUUCUAAAAAUAUGCUCUUCGAUGAUUAUCAUGAGAAUCAACAUGGAAAUUAUUGGCUUGCGACUCCUAUAUUAGAAACUAUCAUAUGGGCUUAUGCAACAAUCUUAGCGGUGUUUAACAUUGUUUCACAGCAGCGUAGUGUUCUUCAUAUCCGUGGACACUUAAACUUGCUAUACUUUCUUACUUUAGUUUCUUCAAUAGCAAAUAUUCAUUCUCUUUAUCUGAAGUUUGGUACAGAUUUCAACUCAGAAUAUUAUCUCAAAUUAUUGAUUCUUGGUUUUUCAUCCAUCUUGGUUUGCUUUUCGAUAUCGGAACCUCAAGAUGAUAUUCAAUUGCUCUCAAAACCAAAUGCUGAGGGCCGUUACCCGUCCCCUGAGAUGAAAUGCUCCUUUUACGAUAAAUUCACAUUUUCGUGGGUCAAUCCGUUAAUCAGCAAGGGCUUUCGGUCUACCCUUAAUGAUGAAGAUAUUUUAGAGUUACCUAGUUUUGCUAGAGCUAAAAAUAUAUUGAAAACCUUUCACUCUUCUAAAAAAUCCUCUAUCACCAAGUCUUUAAUCUUAGCCUCUCAAAAAGAGCUUCUUAUUCAAUUGAUUUACGCAAUAUUUUGGACUCUGAUUUAUUCUUUUGUACCGCCUUAUUUUAUCCAAAAAUUGUUAUUAUAUGUUCAAAACUAUUCAAAUCAUGAAGAGUCACAUGUAACUGCUUAUUCAUAUGCUUUUGGAUUAUUUUUUGGAACAGUGGUGCCAAGUUUGUGCUUCCAACAGGCAUUAUAUAUUGGCCGCCACCUGAGUGUGAAGUGCCAGGCAAUAAUCAUUGGUGAAGUAUACAUGAAAUCUCUAUCUCGAAAAGAUACAUCAGGCGUUGUUGAAAAUGAAGAAUCUAAAAAUAAAACUGGAAAGAUAACUAAUCUUAUGGCUGUUGAUGCACAAAAAGUCUCGGAAUUAGCGGCAUACGUUUUUUAUUUAUAUUCCUAUCCAGUGCAGAUCAUCAUUACCAUAUUGUUCUUAUACUCCUUGCUUGGUGUGUCAGCCUUGGCAGGCGUAUUGGCCAUAAUUAUAAUAUAUCCAAUACCAGCCUUUAUUAAUCAGAGGUUUCAAAUUAUUCAUAAACGUGUUAUGGCCGCAACUGAUAAGCGAAUGGGUGUGAUUAACGAGUUGUUACAAGCCAUUCGUGUCAUUAAAUUUUUUGCAUGGGAAGACCACUUUCGAGCAACGGUUAUUAGCGCUCGUGAUAACGAGUUAAAGAAAGUCAAAGAUCGGUUAAUGGAAUGGGAGUUGACUGCUGCUGUUGCAUUUACCGCCCUUGCACUAUUUAAUAAUCUUCGUCAUGCCCUUGACGAAAUGCCAUCAAUGAUUACUGCCGUUAUUCAAGCUCGUAUUUCAAUUUCUCGUAUCGAAAAGUUUUUAAACGAACCAGAACUUAAUCGCAAAAGUUCUAUCCCAAGUAUUAAUGAUCCCUAUAUUGGAUUUAAAAAAGCAACUUUCCGGUGGCCAGAUGGUGAAGAUUCCAUAGACAAUUCUUCCGUUUCUAUAGACUUAAAUGCGCAAAAUCAAUCGAAUAAAUUCACUUUGAUAAAUUUAAAUGUAUCUUUUCCUGCCAACGAAUUGUCAAUAAUCUGCGGACCUACGGGUAGUGGGAAAACAAGCCUAUUGAUGGCAUUAUUAGGGGAAAUGGAUUGUUUAGACGGCAGUGUGUUCUUACCUAGGACGAAUAUAGAAUCUUCAAAUAAAUUGGGAGGUGCGCCGAGUGGUAUUGCUUACGUUUCUCAAACAGCGUGGCUCCAGAAUGCUUCUAUUAAAGAUAAUAUCCUAUUUGGCCUUUCAUUUGAUUCCGAAACUUACUCGGAGGUUUUACGUGUUUGCGCCCUCGAUAGAGAUUUGGAGAUUCUUGAAUUUGGGGAUAAAACAGAAAUUGGUGAAAAAGGAAUAACGCUUAGUGGUGGUCAAAAACAACGUGUCGCUUUAGCCAGAGCCGUUUACUCCCAAGCUAAAAUAAUAAUUUUAGACGAUUGCUUAUCUGCUGUUGAUUCACACACCGCUAAACAUAUAUUUGAACAAUGUUUGAUGGGCAAUUUGAUGAAAAACCGCACCCGUAUUCUUGUUACACAUCACGUAGGAUUAUGUCUUCGUGGUGCUGCUAAAGUUGUAGUUAUGAAAGAUGGUCGAAUAUCGGCUGAGGGAUCUGUAAAAGAGAUUUUAGCUACGGGACUGUUGGACGAUGUGACUUUUGAAGGUGAAGAAUUAAAGACCUCUGUUGAGGAUGUUAUAGAUGCCAAAUCUCAGAAAAUCAAUAAAAAUAUUCGUGAAGGCGAUGGACGACUGAUUUCUGAGGAAACAAGAGCUGUCGGUGUGGUUGAAUGGAAGUAUUACAAACUCUAUUUGGUAGCAUCUGGCGGAUUUUGGUAUUGGUUGUCAGUAUUUCUUUUGUUCGUAGUGACACAGAUUAUUUAUGUCGGGCAAGAUUGGUGGGUUCAAGAAUGGACUAAAGCUUAUAAUGAUAUCUAUAAUCAAAUCCAUCAAUUUGCUACGACCAUAUCAUGGAGUUUCACUUCUCUUUUACUAGACAAUUUACAUCACACUACGAAAAAUUUGGCAUUAUCUUACGUCUCACCCCCUUCCCUCAAUCAUUCUUUAAUCAAUCGCUUAUCAUCAGCAUAUUACUUGUUCAUUGGUUCUCUGAUGGCUUCUAAGAAGUUACAUAGUGAUAUGUUAGAUAAGGUGCUGUCAGCAACACUUAGAUUUUAUGACACAACACCAAUAGGAAGAAUACUGAAUCGAUUUUCUAAAGAUAUGGAAACAGUUGACCAAAACAUCUCUCCUGCUGUUAUGUUUCUUCUUUAUUCGUGCUUUUCUACCGCUUCGGUGAUUUUUGUCAUUUCAAUUGUAAUGCCUCAAUUCUUAAUAGCUGGUGCUUUCAUUGCAGUAAUUUAUAUAGUUAUUGGUGCAUAUUAUAUAGCUGCUUCCAGAGAUUUAAAACGUCUGGAAUCUGUUAGUAGGUCUCCAAUAUAUGCAGCAUUUGGCGAGACCAUAAUAGGCGUAUCUACUAUCAGAGCAUUUGGUGCUGAAAAAAGAUUGAUGAAAAGAAUUUUACGUCUCGUAGAUAACAAUAAUCGACCGUUCAUAUUCAAUUGGGCAUGCAAUAGAUGGCUUCAUACUCGUGUUGAUAUCUCAGGUGGCCUAGUUGGACUUUCCACUGCUGCUAUUAUUGUAUAUAAUCUUUCAAAGGGAAUGGAUCCUGGUUUAGCAGGUUUCGCAUUGAUAAAUGCAUUAAAUUUCACCGGACAUGUAAUUUGGGUUAUUCGCAUGUAUGCCAUUCAGGAGAUGAAUAUGAAUUCAAUUGAGAGAAUCCAAGAUUACCUGGAAUUGGAAGAAGAACCACCAAGAAUUAUCGAAGGUCAUCGCCCACCAUCAGAGUGGCCUUCAAGAGGAGAUAUUCAAGUUAAAAAUCUUGUUAUGCAAUAUGCACCUGAUAACCCUCCGGUAUUAAAAGAUAUUUCAUUCCACAUUAAACCUGCAGAAAAGAUUGGAAUUGUUGGUAGAACUG